UACCGCCACUAACUGGACAAGAGAUUAUGUAGGAAAUAAAAAACCCUCUAGAUUAUUUUAGCUAAACCAGUUUCUUUAAAAAACGUGAUAAUGUCCCAGUAUAUCUUGUUUGCUGUUUUCUCCAAGUGACCUGAGGUUGAAAAGUCAUGGUGUUUUACCUUCCUUAGUGACUGAAGUAGGUGAUUUCUUUUGAUAUUGUAUUUUCUACAAUGAAGUAGCACAUGUUUGACUGUUUCUGGUUGGAUACAGUGUGUGCAUUUUCCAGUUGGGUGCUUGCCUAUUUAAUAUAAUGUACAGUUGAGACCUAUAUGACCUAUUCUCAGAUGAUUAAUGACAUUUUCUUCCCUUCGUCUCCAGCCCACUAUCCUACCAGCGUUAUAUAGAUGUCUUCUAGUUUCAUUAUCAUCCCAGCACUCCUGCCAUACUGAUUGUGCAUUUGUCCCAAUGAAUGUCUUAGCUUCAACUUUGCUUAAUGGCUUUAAUUUUAGGUCUACAUGCUUCAUUGUGAGUGUUUGUUUUGCCAGAAUAUCCACCUGCUCACUUCCCUCCACACCAACAUGAGCAGGAACCCAAAGGAAGCUUGUAGAGACCCUCAAUCUCCAUCCUGUACAUCAUAAGGAAUAUUUCAUUGAUAAUAUCUGUUCUAAAUAACGAUCUGCCAGAUCUGAUGCUUGUUAGUGGUGAAAAGCUGUCAGAUGCAAUAACGGUGUUACUUAUUUCCUUCUGCUCUAACCAAUAGGGCCAAUAGUAAUGCCAAUUACUCUGUGGUAUGAACUGACUAAUGGUCUGAUACCGUUUUCUUAAUAUAUGACUCACUCACUGGGAUAUAUACUGCUGCACCUGGACACCCUAUAUCAAGAUCUUUGGAGCCACCUGUGAAUAUAAACACUGAGUCCGAAAAACGCUGAUCAAAAUAGUUCUGGACUAUGCACUAUACUGGAAGUUGCUCUGACUUGUCCUUCAAGAUGGUGGACCAGAGCGACUUCUGGUUCAAGUGAGGAUCGAGGAGCGAGGAAAUUUCAAAUAAGAGAGCUGGGAUAUGCCCAUGGCGUUUUUCAGAACUGACAGAUCCGGCAUACAAUGGCGAGAUGAAAGUCGCAACCCCGUGUGGAGCAACUCCAAGCAGCCCUUUGAGAGUACAGUGAGACUUAUAUGCAGGGAACUCUUCACUUUGGAGGAGAGCGAGCUUUGUUCACAAAGUGCACAGAAACAUGUGUUAAAACAUGAGAGAUGGCAUCCAGCGAUCUGGCAGCAUGGGACGGCUGGUGUACAUCACAGUUAAAGAUUGUGCUUCUUGGUGGCAGAAACUCUGGAAAGAGUUCUGUAGGCAACUUAAUCCUGGGCAAAGAGGAGUUUGUCACCAAGGAGAGGACUUCCUGUUCCCGGAGGCUGGGUGCGGUGGCCGGACGGUGGCUCACAGUGGUGGACACUCCCAGCUGGUGGUGUGACUUCAGCUCCCAGGACACAUCUCAGCUGGUGAAGAGGGAGAUCGUGAGCAGCGUCUCUCUGUGCUCACCGGGCCCACAUGUAUUCCUGAUCACAGUCAAGGCGAGCUCAGCCUUCUCUGAGAAGCGUCGCAGGGCUGUGGAGGAGCAUGUGGCCCUGCUGGGUGAGAGGGUUUGGAGUCACUGUGUGGUUGUCUUCACCUCAGCUGACAGGUCUAAACACACACAAGCAGAGGAGCAUGUAGAGUCGGGGGGGAAGGCCCUGCACUGGCUCAGUGAGAAGUGCAACCAGAGGUGUCACAGUGUUAUCUUGAGCGAUGAGACCGAAGUCACAGAGCUGCUGGUGAAGAUACAGAAACUUGUCACGGAAAAUGGAAACAGGGUGUUUGAGAUGCAGGAAAGCAUUUUACAGGUGAACGCAGAGGAGAAGAGAGGAGUGGAGGAGAGGGCUCAGCAGAGGUUUAUGAAAGUAAAAAAACACAGAUCUGUCAUGCGAGAGAGGUUGCGGCCCAUUACUAACAUCAGGAUUGUGUUGGUGGGUGCAAAGGGUUCUGGGAAGACCUCAGCACUGAACACCAUCCUGGGCAGAGAGAGUAGCCAGCGACUCAGGAGAACAGCUCAGUGCCUGGUUGGAGAAGGAGUUGUGUUUGGUCGACAGGUGACUGUGGUGGACACACCAGGCUGGUGGAUGAACUACUUUUGUGAUGAGAGCCCCAUCUUCGACCGGAGGGAGAUCCUUCUCAGUUUGUCUCUCUGUCCUCCGGGGCCGCAUGUCUUCCUGCUGGUGAUCCGUGUGGACAGAGCCUUCACCGAAACAUAUAGGAGAGCAGUGCAGGAGCACGUCGAGCUGAUCAGUGAGCACACCUGGAGUCGCGUCAUCGUGUUGUUUAGUUUCGGGGACUGGCUGGGAGGCACAACUACUGAGCAAUACAUCGAGAGUGAAGGAGAGCCUCUGCGGUGGCUUGUUGAAAGAUGCAGCAACAGGUAUCAUGUUCUGAACAAUAAAACCAAAGGAGACGGAUUUCAGGUGAGAGAACUGAUCGGGAAGAUAGAGGAAAUGGUGGUCGGCGGCGACGGCGGCUGGCAUUAUGAAUUGGAGAGGAAUGUGUUGGAACAGCUGGAGGGGAAGAUGAGAAGAGAUAAGGAGAGAGCCGAGGAGAGACUGAUGAAGAAGGAGAAACAAAGGCAGAUUGCGAGGUCUCAGCUGGAGAAGGUCGACCCUCUCUCAGAGCUGAGAAUAGUGCUUGUUGGUGGCAGGAAAACAGGCAAGAGCUCCUGUGGUAACACCAUCCUGAGCAGAGAGUGCUUCGACACAGAAAGCCAAACCACUUCCUGCACUGAAAAACAAGCCGAAAUCAGCGGCAAGGUGGUGACAGUGCUUGACACACCAGGCUGCUUCCCUGUGACCUCUGACCUCCUGAUGGCUCCUUCGCCCUGCGCUAUCGUUCUGGUUGUCAACGUGAGCUCCUCAUUCAAAGACGCCAACAGGGAAGCCUUGGAGAAACAGCUGGAGGCGGGAGGAGGCCCCGUGUGGAGCAGAGCUAUGGUCCUGUUCAGCUACGGAGACUGGUUGGGAGACACGAGCAUCGAGCAGCGCAUCGAGGGUGAAGGAGAGCCGCUGCAGAGGCUUGUUGAGAGGUGUGGGAACAGAUACCACGUCCUGGACAAUAAACACCGGGGGGACGGAGCUCAGGUUAACCAGCUAAUCGAACUGAUAGAGGAGAUGCUGGUUGAAGAAAGGCUGGCUGUUCUUCACAGAGGCGAUCACAUGGGGAGAAGUGUUUAUUCAGCACGAGAGCAGCAGGCCGACACAGUGACACCGUGUAAAAAGGUUUUAAAGAUGCUCAUGACCGGCACACAUCAGAUGUCCCAUGAGUUGACUGAAUCAGCCGCUUCCACUUCAUGUCUGCCACUAAACUGCUCAGAGGUUGCAGAGGAAGACGGUCAGACUGUGGCCCUGCCAGCAGGAAGAACAGGACGGGCUGGACUCUCCACCCUGAGGUGGACUAUAACAGGUCAACAAAUGUUAACGGUAAAUCUGCCUGUCUGGUUCCCGACUGAUGAUCCUCACAGCCACUUGCAACUGAACGGUGAAAGCCGAGUGCACCUGUUCUCACCCAAACAUUCAGCAGUGGUUUUGGUUUUACCUCAAACACAACACAGGAUGCUCACAGAGGAAAACAUUGUUAACAUGCAUUCACUCUGCCAUCCUGCACUAAGAGAGAACACACUCAGGAGGCUGACUGAGUCUGGAGGCCUGCAGGCGCUGAUCAACCAGUGGGGCAACAGCAGCCUGGAAGAACUGGAAACUUUCAUUGACUCAUACUUUGAGGCUUUGUGGGAGCAAAGCAUGGGGUCAUUACAGCCGGCUGAACCUGACUGUCCUGCAGAGCAGGAGCCUGUCGUCAGGGAGGCUAGAGAGGAGCUGCUCUCAUCUAUUGACAGAAAACUUUCAAAGCUGGAUCUCCUUGAGGACAUUAGGAGGGAUCUGGCAGAGUUGAGGCAGAGUCUGGAGCACAGCUGGAGGGCCAUACAGGAAAUCAGAGAGAAAAGUAAACAGGAUGUUGAUAAUACAUGUUGAUUCAGGGGAAACAGAAAUCAAGGAUGGAGCAAGUAAGCUGGAAUUGUUAUUUCAUCUAGUAAAAAUGUAUUUAUAUGCACUUUUGAUUAGUUUAUGUGAGCAGUCACAAAACAUUACUUCUUUGAAUGAAGAGGCCACAGUUUUGUUAUAUUUGUCCACAAGGGGGAGCUGCUGCAUAAGAUUAAGAUAGUAUAAUGGCACUUCUAUCCAUUGAUCCAUCACACUUCAGAUUUUCUUUUAUUCUUAGAAAUCUUGAAAUAUGUUAA